UGUCCAACUUUCUCCCUGAUCUCAGUGAUCCUAUCGAGGCCGCGGUACGAUGACGACCCAAGAGACCCGAAACACCUUGAAGUUCACCCAGAUGUGCAGAUACUUUCGUGCCAACCGUUGCCACAUGGGCAACGGGUCCAAUUUUGCACAUUCACCUGAAGAGCUGAGAAAGGCACCAAGUUUGGUUGGCACCAAAUUGUGCUUUCAAUUCAGUUCCAAGGGUCAGUGCAGCAAGGGUGCAGCCUGCAACUUUGCCCACGGAAAGGAGGAGCUUCAGUCAAUGCCAGUUGAAGCCAGAAGUCCGGUGGGGCGCAAGGGCGGCAUGGAUCCCAUGAAAGUUAAGGCAGCAGCGGAGGUUAAGGCAGUUAACGUCCAGGGUCCCAGGGAUGCGUGUGAUGCAAUCUCCAAGAUGCACUUGCUUCAGAUGAAGAUGAACCAGCUGGAGUCCUUGAGCCUGCGUUUGGCAGUACGCCCACCUCCUGGCUUGGAGGCAAUGAAUUUACCCAUGAGUAGCUUCACGGGUAGCCUGGCAUGCAUGGAUAGCGAAAUCUGGAGCAUGGCAUCGACGUCAUUUCCCAGCAGUCCUCGUGUGGAUGAAUCAGAAAGUGAAAUGUUCAGCUCACUCCUGUCUGACAGAAGUGAGGCAUUUUGGCUUUGAUCUGAUCUUGCUGAUCAUCGUUGAUCAUCCCUGAUCUAUGUUGAUCUUCAUAUUGAUCUUCAUAAUGAUCUUCAUGUCAAUCUUCAUGUUGAUCUUCAAUAAGCGUUGAAGGAUUUCAAGGGACUUCCGCAGAAUGUGUGACUUGUACAAGAUGUAUAAGUCACUGUACAGAAUUUUGAUGAAUUUUGCGCUGCAGGAUUUUCCCUCACAGACCAUCUACAGGUGGUGGUUCGAGCCCUGUACUUUGCAAUUCUGAGUUGCCCCAGGGAACCUUGCCAGGGAGAUCCACGGAGCACGCUUGGUGACCUAGGCUCUCGGGCAUGGCAGAAGAGGAGUCAAUUGCACGACCGGACC